CGCCACGCAGGUGCGCCUCUUCAGAAGUCAGAACUCCUCUCUCCUCUCUCUGGUUUUUUUUCCGUGUUUCUUGUUUCCUCGCCAUGCAGUGAUUGAUGGCCGGUUACCCUCAUCACUUCCGCCCCUCCAGUGGGGACUGGAACUGGGCACACCCACCUCCUCACCUCUCCCACCCACAAUUUCCUUACCCCAAUUUUCCUCCCCAAAACCCCACCAAUUUAAACAUCUAUCCCCCUCAACCUUCCGCCUUUCCACCACCGCAACCGCAACCGCCGCCGCCGCCGCAACCGUCAAACCCUAAUUUCCACCUCCAACACCCUACAGAUGUCAAUAUCUUUCCCGCCAACCACUAUGGACACUCCUCAUUUUCCAAUUACUACCCAACCCCAACCCCAAGCUCUAAUUUCUCUCUGCAAAACCCUAACCCCACUCCACCCUUCCCCCCUCAGAGCUUCUCCCGUAACCCUAACGAGGCGCCCGACCCGCCGAACCUCCCGAAUUCGGCUAGGCAUUUGCCUGAGGACCCGAGAGAGGUGCUCGAGAAGAUCGACCGUGCGGUGGAGAAGCUUCGCGACGAGCUUGUCGCCGCCGGGAAGAACGUCUCGGCCUGGAAGGUGUUACAGUCUGCGCUUCUGAUGCUCAAUGUUGAUGCCGAGACUUGUUUGGGCCUCAAAGUUGAGCAAGUGCCGUCUCUUCACCGCCUCAUGGUCACUGAAGGAAGGAUAAAUGCAUUUAUUCAUUGCUUUGUUGGAGUUCGAUCAAUUACAUCUUUGUAUGAUUUGGAAGUUGCAAUCUGCAAGAAUGAGGAUAUUGAGCAGUUUGAAGAGCUUGGAUUGGGUCCUUUGUUGCAACACCCACUAGUUUUGCAAUAUUUCUCGGUGGAUUCUGAAACAACUGAAGUCUUUAAGAUAUCUAGUGAGGAGAUACUACAUUUACUCAGUAGGUACCUAAAGAAGCCGAAAGUUAAGGAAAAUUCUGUUGAGGGGUUCUUGGACUUCAUUGUUACGAAGCGACCUGUUGCAGGCAAGGAAAAGCUUGGAAUUCGAAUAUUUAGUUUGGGGGUGCAUGCUUCUGCUAUGCGUGAAGCCAAGGCUUCAGAACGUGCAGCUUUAUGGAAAUCAUUACAGGAAUUAAAACAAAAGUCUCCCAAAAUAUCUAGGAGGAAGGCACCAAUUUUCUCCUCGCUGAAAAAUCGGCUAGAUAAACAUUUUCGCGCCAUUUCGCAGCAAUCUGGAUUGUGUUCUGUUGUGAAUGGAAAGGAAGAUACACUUGUUUCUUCAAGAUCAAAGGAUGAAGGUAUUAAUGAUUAUUUACAUGAUGACAAAGGUAAUGACCAUGGUACUGGUGGUCAUAUUGACUCACUAAAAUCCCUGAAAAGUUCUGACAGAGAGGGUAAGUGUUCUUACUUGUCUGAAGUGGAGGAGAGGUCUUCGCUCAUGUCAAACCACCCUUCUCCAAGCCAAAAGCAUAAUGAGAGUAAUGGGUCAGUUAAAAAGAAAAGAAAAUACGAAAAUCUAAGCUGCCCUAUCUCUGUUCCCUCAAAGUUGCGCAAGAGAGAGAAGGUAGAGCAAGAUGCUCUUCCUACAGAAAGUGACAGUGAAACUAAGGAGGUCAGCGAGAUGCUUAAACUUGAUCUUUCAAUUGCCAAUAAUCUUUUGAGGAUGUUCAUUACAACUUGGAAGGAGGCAUGUAGGGAGCAGCCUGUGGCUGAGGUACUUUGGGCCAUGCUUCGCUCUUGUAAUACAAAAUAUAGGAGGACAAAGAGAAUCAUGGCAAUGUUUUCGACAUACCCUUUGGUUGGAUUACUCAAUGUUGCCGUCUCAUCUAUCAAAUGUGGAAUGUGGGAUAAUAUGUUUGAUACGUCCCAAACCAUUAGUCCACGUGAGUUGGCUAACACUGUAACUGAUAAUUAUCCUGAACAUGUCGAACAAAGUAUAAAGGAUGUACCACCAGUCAGCACCGAACAUGCUACCGAACAUGGACAAACCUCUUGCUGCCUGAAGCCAAAUCAUCAGGAUCGUCCACGUCGGUGGAGGAAGAUCCCAAGGAGUCGUAAGAAGUUGGAGCCUGAAAACGGACACAUCUGCUACCUUUGUCAUCAAGAGGGACACGUCAAGAGAAGAUGCCCUCUGCUGCAGCAAACUAAAAAAUCAUCAUAUGAACCACAGAGUCCUCAACAAUUGGCUCAGUAUUCUAUUUCCGGAGAAGAGGUGGAGGAGAAAGUCAGUGCUGUGGUGGACGACUCCACAGGUGUUUCAGUUAAAGAGAUAAUCAGGAAAGUUGCUACAUAUUUUGAGACUGAUCACGGAAUGUCUAGCAAUGGUGAAUCACUUCCGGAGAAGAUAUUUAUUUACUUCAGAAAGCUUUGCAAUUGUGAGCUCUGGUUGACUGAAGAAUUUUCUGUCAAGGAAUUUAGAUCCCUUGGUUAUGGGGAAUUUAUGAUGUUUUUAGAAAAGUAUGCCCGUCUUCUGCCACCGGAGAUGUGCAAGUUCUUGAAAGAUGACAGCAGUGGAAAGUUUCCUUUGGAGGUUUGCAUGCUUCCGCAUUAUUUAGUUGUUUUGGUAUCUCAAGCUUUAAACAAUUUAUGGGAGGACCAAAAUAUUACCAAACUGAACAUUUCUUCUCUGCUUGGGAAGCAGUUCCCGGCCCUUAGUUUCCAUACCAUUGAAAAUGGUUCAGUAGAAGACUUUAAAAGUAUAGUAGGAAAGCAUAAAGACACUGCAAUUUCCAAAUGUGUACUAUUUUCAAUGACAAUAUGCGGAACUAGUUACACUCUAGAAUCAUUGGAAAACUGUAGUAAGAAUGCUGUAUUGAAAAGCAGUUUGGUGAGUGUUAACAGUGACCAGAAAAUAAGCAUUCAAUCUGUUGCAUCCAAGGAGGCAAUUGCAGUCUUACUUAGGGCACCCAUGAUGUCAGAUUUGAAUUUAUGGUCACAUUGGGACCUCUUAUUUGCUCCCUCUCUUGGCCCUCUUGUACCGUGGUUAUUGAAUGAAGUCAACACAGAUGAAUUACUCUGUUUGGUAACCAAAGAUGGCAAAGUUAUUCGGUUAGAUCAUUCAGCUACUGUAGAUUCAUUCUCGAAAGCUGCUCUUCAAGGAUCCUCUUUUCAAACAGCAGUGAAAAUGUUAUCUCUCUUUUCACUGGUUGGGGGAGAAAAACAUGUCCCCGUGUCCCUUUUGAAAUUCCAUGUACAGCGUGCAUUUGAAGUUAUUUUCAAGACCUAUCUAGAUGGUAUGGAAGUAUAUGACAAGAAGAGUUCUCUUAAUCAAGGAACAGUUUUGUGUGGACAGAAAAUGGUUGUUGAAAUUGCUGCUGGUAAAUGCAGUAACUUACACAGAGCUGUAACGCAGACGAAAAUUGCUGAGUCUGUUAUAUCACAUUUUUUUCUUGAUUGCCUGGGGUAUCUACCUGCAGAGUUUCGCAGUUUUGCUGCUGAUGUGUUACUUUCUGGGAUGCGGUCUGUUUUUAAGCAUGCGGCUUCAGCCAUUUUGGAUGAAUGCAUCCAAAUAGAGCAGCGUCUCAUACUUCAUGAAGUUGGCUUAUCUCUUGGUAUAGUGGAGUGGAUUAGUGAUUACCAUGUAUUUAGUUCCUUGGAUUCUACUGAUUCGUUCAUGUCUGAGGAUUCUGGUCUCAAUGCUGAUAGAGAUCAAAUGGGGUCAGACUCAAAAUAUAUGCAAAAUGUGUCAAAAAAGUUGGCUGCUUCUGAACAGAGUAUGGCUGCAUCUGUUAGGGCAGAUGAGCAUAAAGGAGGAUGUGCUGAUGUUAGCCGGAUGGUUGAUGGUGCAGGAGUUUCUGAUGCUGGGAUUGGCAUUGGCAUUGGCAUUGGUUACAGACAACAUCCUACUAAUAUUAAUGAACAUGAAGAUGCUUUCCAGGUUAUUGAGUCAAUCAGGAGAGAUGAAUUCGGUUUGGAUUCAAGCCCAUUGACCUUUGAAAGUAUCGUCUUAAAGAAACAGCAUGCUCGCUUAGGGAGAGCUCUGCACUGUCUUUCACAGGAAUUAUAUUCUCAAGAUUCUCAUUUUCUUCUUGAGCUGGUUCAAAAUGCUGAUGAUAAUACUUAUCCAACAAAUAUAGAACCAACUCUAGCAUUCAUUCUUCAAGAAUCAGGUAUUGUUGUUUUGAAUAAUGAGCAAGGCUUCUCUGCCCAGAACAUUAGAGCACUUUGUGAUGUUGGAAAUUCAACCAAGAAAGGAUCCAGUGCCGGAUAUAUAGGGCAAAAGGGCAUCGGUUUCAAAUCAGUAUUUCGUGUCACAGAUGCUCCAGAAAUUCAUUCUAAUGGAUUUCAUAUCAAGUUUGAUACAAGUGAGGGUCAGAUUGGUUUAAUUCUGCCCACAGUUGUACCUCCUUGCAAUCUUGAGUUGUUUAGACAGCUGACAUCUAGUGACAUUGAUAAACCAGAUUGUUACUGCUGGAAAACUUGUAUUGUUCUUCCUUUCAGAUCGAAAGUAUCAGAUGGAACUGUCUUGAACCACAUAAUGAAUAUGUUUUCAGAUCUUCAUCCAUCUUUACUACUAUUUCUUCACCGCCUCAAGUGUAUCCGGUUUAGAAACCUAAUCGAUGAUUCACUUACUGUCAUGAGAAAAGAAAUUGUAGGAGACGGUAUUGUCAAGGUUUCACAUGGGAAUACGAAGAUGACAUGGUUUGUAGUAUCUCAGAAAUUGCACUCAGAUAAUCUUCGUAGUGAUGUGCAAACAACAGAAAUCUCAAUUGCUUUUACAUUGAAGGAAUCGGAUAAGGGCAUUUAUCGUCCAGAUAUAGGCCAACAGCCUGUGUUUGCAUUUCUUCCUCUUAGAACAUACGGACUGAAAUUUAUUGUUCAGGGUGAUUUUGUUCUUCCUUCAUCCAGAGAGGAAGUGGAUGGAGAUAGUCCCUGGAACCAAUGGCUAUUGUCAGAAUUUCCUGGUUUCUUUGUCGAUGCAGAGAAAUCAUUUUGUUCUCUUCCAUGUUUCAAAGAGAAUCCUGGGACUGCUGUGGCAGCUUACAUGUCCUUUGUUCCACUUGUUGGGGAAGUGCAUGGUUUCUUUUCUUCUCUUCCUCGAUUAAUUAUUUCUAAAUUACGGAUGUCAAAUUGCUUACUUCAGGAAGGAGAAAAGAAAGAAUGGGUUCCUCCUUGCAAGGUCCUAAGAAAUUGGAGUAAACAGGCUCGUUCACUUCUCCCUGAUGGUCUACUGCAUGAGCAUCUUGGCCUUGGAUUCUUGGAUAAAGAUAUAGUUCUGCCUGAUCCACUUGCAAGAGUUCUAGGUAUUGCAGAGUAUGGGCCCACAGUUCUGCUUCAGGUAAUGGCUUCUUUAUGUGGUAAGCAGGAUGGCCUCAAAUCAAUGGGAAUGGGUUGGAUGGCCUCUUUGCUUAGUGAACUUUAUGCAAUGUCAUUCAAAUCUUCUGUUGAAACUUCCUUUGAUUCUGGAAUAGAAAUGGGAUUCCUAGAAAAACUUCAAAAAAUUCCAUUCAUACCUCUUUCAGAUGGUACAUAUGGUGCAGUCGUUGAAGGCCCAAUUUGGCUACAGUUUGAUGCCGUUGGGACUGGUUUUGGGGAUCAUCAUGGACUUGAAUCUUUUCCAAAGUUAUAUGCUAAACUUCGGAUUGUAAGUCCGGAGCUCUAUGCAUCGUCUGCUGAUAUGCCAUCCAUGGAUGUGACGCCGAUUGACAAAGUCAUUAGUAUGCUCCAUAGAAUUGGUGUCCAACGGUUGUCCGCACACGAGAUUCUCAAGGCUCACAUCUUGCCAGCUAUAUCUGAUGAUAGAAUUACAGUUAGGGAUGAAGAUUUGAUGACUGAUUAUAUCUGCUUCGCAAUGGUUCACUUACAGUCGAGCUGCUCUGAUUGUCAUGCUGAAAGGGAAUACAUAAUAUCAGAACUACAAAAUAAAGCUUAUAUUCUAACUAAUAAUGGCUUUAAACGACCUGCUGAGGCAUCAAUUCAUUUCAGUAAAGAAUUUGGAAAUCCAGUGGACAUAAGUAGGUUGAUUGAUAGGGUAAAUCUGACAUGGGAUGAGGUUGAUAUCUCCUAUUUGAAGCAUCCAGUUGCUAAAUCACUUCCAAAUGGACUGAUGAAGUGGAGAGAUUUUUUCCAGAAAAUUGGCAUUGUGGAUUUUGUGAAGGUAGUUCAAGUUGAGAAGGGUUUCACUGAGUUGUCUGAGGCUCUAUUUAAUAAUCUAACUUGGGACCAGCACACUAUUUCCCAUGGGUUGAAUGCCACAGAUUGGGAAUCACCUGAGUUAGUCCAUUUAUUAUCCCUAUUGUCCAGAGAUGGCAACAGAAAAGGUUGUGAGUAUCUCUUAGAGGUUCUCGAUAAAUUAUGGGAUGAUUGCUAUAGUGACAGAGCUAUAGGGUACUGCUCUUCUAAGUCUGUUGCAGAUAGAAAGCCCUUCAAAUCUUCAUUUAUGAGCACCAUCUGCGAUGUGCAAUGGGUAGUAUCAGGAAUGGAUGAUAAACUUCACUAUCCCAAGGAUCUAUAUCACGACAGUGUUGCAGUGCGGUCAAUUCUUGGUGGAUCUGCCCCAUUUUUUGUUCCUAAGGCUACCAGUGAAAAAUUUGUAUCUGAUAUUGGUUUUAAGACAAGAGUCUCUCUUCACGAUGCUCUGGAGAUGUUGAAACUAUGGAGAUGUGAGAAUCCGUUUAGGGCCAGCCUAGCACAAAUGUCCAAAUUUUACUCAUUAAUCUGGAAUGAAAUGGCUUCUUCAAAGAAGACAACUGCAGAGGAAUUCUGUUUGGAACCUUUUGUAUUUGUUCCAUAUGAAUCUAGCUUCCGGCAUGAGGAUGUGGUGUCUGGUACAUUUCUGUCCCUUGAAGAAGUAUACUGGGAUGAUUCUACUUUCUUUGUGGACCAAAUCAAGGAGAUCCAUCAUCAGUGCAACUCAACAGUUGGUAAUCAUGGCCCCAUAAACAGGAUUCUGAGUAAUUUCUACCCGGCCCUUCAUGACUUCUUUGUUGAUAUAUGUGGAGUACAUGAGAUCCCUCCUCUUCGUAGCUACCUUCAGAUUUUGCUACAGUUUUCAAAUGCUGUUUUGCCUUCACAAGCAGCUAAUGCUGUUUUUCAAGUUUUUCAGAAGUGGGCUGAUGGGCUCCAAUCAGGAAUGAGUGCUGAGGAUAUUGUAUACUUGAAAGAUUCUCUUACAAGGAUGGAAUGUACUGUGCUUCCUACUGUACAGGAUAAGUGGGUAUCUCUACAUCCUUCCUAUGGUCUCCUGUGCUGGUGUGAUGAUAAGAAGUUGAAGAAGCAGUUUAUGCAUAUGGAUGGACUUGAUUUUCUUUACUCCGGUGGACUAAGUAAUGAUGAUGAAGAGAUCCUAAGUACAAAAAUGUCCGUCCUCAUGCGAACCUUAGGGAUUCCUGCACUUUCAGAGGUUGUGACUCGUGCGGCGAUGUUUAAUGGUCCGACAGAUUCUAGCUUUAAAGCUGCAUUACUGGAUUGGGCUUUGCCAUAUGCGCAGCGCUACUUACAUAGUUUACAUCCUGAUAAAUAUUCUCAACUCAAGCAGUCUGGAUUCGAUAUACUAAAUCGUUUGCGAGUAGUAGAAGUUCAAAAGCUGUCCUACCGCAAUGUUAUAAAGAUUGCUGGAAGUGAAUCCAAGAAGCAAAUCGAAUGUAGUUGUGUUCUGCAGGAUCACGAUCUGUAUACAACCCAGGAAUCAGAUUCUCACGCAUUAUUUAUGGAGCUUUCUCGUUUGUUUUUUGAUGGAAAGCCAGAAUUACACUUGGCAAAUUUCCUUCAUAUGAUCACAACAAUGGCCGAAUCAGGUUCAACUGAGGAGCAGAUAGACUUUUUUAUCUUCAAUAGCCAAAAGGUGCCAAAGCUUCCUGAUGGAGAAUCUGUUUGGUCCCUGUCACAUGUGCAUAAUGAUAGGUUACCCCAGCCAAGUGACUGGCGCUUUGUUGGUUGGAAAGCCCCACUAAGCUUUGGUUAUGCAAAUCUUUUCAAGGCUCAGGCACAAUUUGCACAGCUUACCAGUGUCUCACAAAUUGAAAUGGAUAAUGAUUCUGAAACCCAUGUCAGACAAACAGUUGAAUCAACUCCCAUUUCAGUAGACAUUAAAUGGACAAUUGGUGAGGGUACAGCAACAACAUCUGCACCUUUAGUGCUGCCAAACUCCAAUGAUUUGCAAGAACACUUUGAUGAUGAGACUGAUAUGGAUACUGAUUUCAAUCCUAAUAAUCUAGAUUUUGUUGUUGACCCUCGCGUUUUGGGUUCAUCUGAUUGUAGCAAGGUAGACCAUCCUAGAUAUGGCUCUAGUGGAAGAGAUGCAAUGCGUGGAAGAGAUGCAAUGCUUACCGGGAGGUUAGGUGAGGUUGUUGCUUUUAAAUACUUAAUUGCAAAAGCUGGCAAGUCAGUUGUGAGGUGGGUUAAUGAAAGAAUUGAAACUGGGCUACCCUAUGACAUAGUUGUAGGUGAGAAGGAAGAUAGUCUAGAGUUCAUUGAGGUUAAAGCCACCCAACAACAAAAAAAGGAUUGGUUCCACAUAUCAAUGAGGGAGUGGCAAUUUGCAGCGGAAAAAGGCGAAGCCUUCAGCAUUUUGCACGUCCUCUUAUUGGGUAAUAAUGCUGCAAGAGUCUCAGUUUACAAGAAUCCUGUAAAAUUGUGUCAUCUGGGCAAGCUACAGUUGCAUCUUUCGAUGCCUAGGCAGGAGAAGGAAUUAUUUCUUGUGUCCUGAAAGGCACUUCAUAGCGAUCGUUGCUUCUGUUCAGUGGAGUCGGUUAGUUAGUUCAACAAAUCUGUUGAUCUAAGCGCCAUUAUACUUUUAUGGAUCUGGCAUGUCUGAGUUGCCGCCCUCGCAUUUUAAAAGGUUUUAGCACAUGGGUAUAGGCCAGUCUGGUUGAUAAGUUGAUUUGCAUAGAAAGAUUCUGGCUUCUGCAGAUGGAUCUUUGGGUGUGGAACUUGACAUAGCGGAAACCAUGUAUGGUACGGGACUAAGGAGAACCGUCAGUAGUCAUACUUGUGCAGGUGUAUUCCGUCAAAACUCAAAAGAUAGUGUCCUGUAAAAUACCCUUCUUUUAAGUAGUUGUCUGUAAGGUCUUGCAAUCAAAGAUAUUGUACAGUGAUUUCACAUGGUCACCACAUUUGCUGAUAUAGGAUUCUGCCCUAUCACAGGGAAAUAAAUCUAGUGUUCAAGACAUUUUAGUAA